UUUCCAAAUUACUAAUCUAACCCCGCUUAUUAAUUUAUUGUAAAAUGUAUAAAAUAUCAUAGGUGCAAAAUACCAAUAAUGCCCUCAACGAAGUUAACUUAAACAUUUUUUUUUUUAACCCAAAACCACUAUCAGAAGUGUACAACAGUUGGUUUAGAGAGAGAGACACUUUGAUUGUGGGUGAGACACUUCGUUUCUUGGGUUUGUUUUCUCUUCAAUUGUUGGUUUCUCUGUUUUUCAAUCUUAUUGGUUUCUCCUCUGUUGCUCUCUCUUCCAUUAUUUAUUUUUUUGAAUAAGUAAGAGUAUCUGUUUCUCUCUCUUCCUCUGUUCCGACAUUUAUUCAAGCACUUGUGUGUGCAUCUGUGUGAAGAUACAAAGCAUUUUUGGGUAGAAAGAAGAAAAACAGAGCAUUUUAAGAGCUUUGUGUGAAAUGUUAUUAACAUUAUUAGGGUUAUAUGUACAAUGCUCUGUUUUUCAAUUUUGUUGGUUUAACAGAUUAACAUCUGAAAAGGGUGUGCUAAACCAUCUUGUGUGUCUCUGCAAUUCAGUGGAGGUUUUGAGCCAUUCCAGCUCUACCACCAUUGUUUUGCGUAACACAAGAGCAAAACCAAAAGAAAAAGAUAUUCUUACUGUUUAGCCAAAUGUGACCUAUGUAUACAUACAGAUCUAUAGUUUUAUAUACAUACAGAUCUAUAGUUUAUACAUACAUACAUAUAUAUAUAUAUAUAUAUAGAAACUCUUGUUUUAUUGCUCACACUGUUUUUCAACUGCAAAGUGCACAUAAAUGGAGAAACUUUCCUUUGUAAAGCUUCUUCCGGAUUCUUUUAUGGGUUCUCAAGAUGACAUAACAAAUCAGAUUAUGUUGAUUUGGGGUCAGGUCAAAGCACCAUUGAUAGUCCCUCUUCUUCGACUGGCCAUUGUGUUGUGCUUAAUAACAUCUGUGAUUUUAAUCAUUGAGAGGGUCUAUAUGGGCAUUGUGAUUGUUGUUGUGAAGCUGUUUGGUCGAAAACCAGAGACUCGUUACAAAUGGGAGCCCAUAAAAGAUGAUAUUGAAUUGGGUAAUUUAGAGCUUACCGGAUGGUUCUCGUUCAAAUCCCAAUGUACAAUGAAAAAGAGGUUCUAUUGAGCUCUUGCAGAAGUAGCCUUCUCAGAACCUGUUCAGUGUCAGUAUACUCGCAUUUAUUUGGAGUUUUUUACGUUAUUGCAAAGCACCGAAUAUACUCAACUAUGGGAGGGGACUCCCUUGUGAGCCUUUCAAAUGGUGAUGCGAGCAAGCAGCCUGAUGUCCGGAGGACCUACCAAGUUGUGGUGGCUGCAACUCGUGAUAUGGGCAUCGGAAAAGAUGGGAAGCUACCAUGGAGGUUGCCUUCUGAUCUUAAAUUUUUCAAGGAGAUAACAAAGACUACAUCCGACCCUGGGAAGAAGAAUGCAGUUGUAAUGGGGAGGAAAACAUGGGAAAGUAUUCCGCUUGAGCAUCGACCUCUACCUGGUCGCCUCAAUGUUGUGUUGACUCGUUCUGGGAGUUUUGACAUUGCUACUGCCGAGAAUGUUGUCAUAUGUGGGAGCAUGCCAUCUGCUUUGGAAUUAUUAGCAGAAUCUCCUUAUUGUUUUUCAAUAGAGAAGGUGUUUGUUAUAGGAGGUGGCCAGAUAUUAAGGGAAGCACUGAAUGCUCCAGGAUGUGAUGCAAUCCACAUGACUGAGAUUGAGACCAGUAUUGAAUGUGAUACAUUUAUUCCUCCUGUUGACAUCUCUGUGUUUCAGCCAUGGUACUCAUCUUUCCCAUUGGUGGAAACCAAUAUUCGUUAUUGUUUUGUGACCUAUGUUCGUGUGAGGAGUUCUGCAACUGAAUCUGUAAUUUCUAACGGUGGGGUAAAGUGUAAUGGUAGUUCAGAUUCAAAUAAGCUCGAGGUUGAGAGUUUUAACUUCCUGCCCGAGAUGAUUUUUCAGAGGCAUGAUGAGUAUAUGUAUCUGAGGCUGAUUCAAGAUAUCAUCUCAAGUGGUGCCCAGAAAGAUGACAGGACAGGGACUGGUACCCUUUCAAGAUUUGGUUGCCAGAUGCGGUUUAAUCUGCGCAAAUCUUUUCCGCUUCUUACAACUAAGAGAGUUUUUUGGCGAGGUGUUGUUGAAGAACUUCUGUGGUUCAUUAGUGGCUCAACAAAUGCAAAGGUUCUACAGGACAAAGAUGUCCAUAUAUGGGAUGGCAAUGCAUCUAGGGACUACCUUGACAGUAUUGGUUUGACGGACAGGGAAGAAGGUGACUUAGGACCCAUAUAUGGGUUCCAGUGGAGACACUUUGGUGCCCGAUACAUCAACAUGCAUGCUGACUACACGGGCCAAGGAUUUGACCAGUUGUUAGAUGUUAUAUACAAGGUCAAGAAUAAGCCAGAUGACCGGCGGAUUAUUCUUUCAGCUUGGAAUCCAUCUGAUCUGAAGUUGAUGGCUCUGCCGCCUUGCCACAUGUUUGCACAGUUCUACGUUGCCAAUGGCGAGUUAUCUUGUCAAAUGUAUCAGCGUUCAGCUGACAUGGGUCUUGGCGUGCCAUUUAACAUUGCAUCUUAUGCUUUAUUGACAUGCAUGAUAGCUCAUGUUUGCGAUCUUAUUCCUGGGGAUUUCAUCCAUGUUACUGGGGAUGCUCAUGUUUAUAGAACCCAUAUCAGGCCUCUACAAGAGCAGCUUCAGAAACUACCUAAACCUUUUCCUAUUUUGAGAAUCAAUUCAGAGAAGAAGGACAUCGAUUCAUUCGCGGCUUCUGAUUUCAAACUCAUAGGUUAUGAUCCUCACCAGAAGAUAGAAAUGAAAAUGGCGGUAUAGAGCUUUAGGAUGAUAAUAAAGAAAAACUUGGACUGCUUUUCUUCCUUUUAAUGAUGGAUACUGUCUGUUUUUUGAGGUAAUAUUGACCAUCCAGUGUAUAAUCAUUUUUUUUUCUCGGGUUUCUUGUCUUAUUUGGUCCUGUCAAUUCUGUAUAAACUGUUCCAAUGCUAUAAUAUUAAAUUGCUUUGUUUGCUUAAAGAA